GUGUCGUUUGUUUGUCGAGAUGUGAAGAUACGAUUUCCCUUGUUGCAUGCAACAAGCAACUUCAAUUUUCCGGGCGUCAACGGCCAACGGAUGCGCCAGCAAAGCCCGAUCGAUCAUCCUGUCGAUCUGGGACUGGGAGCACGCAUCCAUGUGGUGACGGCAUAAACAAUCCGCCAUGCGCUCCAUGCUACAUGACCCAAUCAGGCAUCAACUUGCUGCCCCGUCUACGUCGUGGCCAAGAGCUGGACAAAUGGAGGCCUGCAGCCAGAAGUCAACACUUAACGGCCUGUAUUUUGUUUCCGGUAAUCCAUAGCAGCCCCCAACCGAGACUAUACUGGUCACAGACUCACAGCCUCACAAAGGGCUGAGCUUGAACCCGGCCUAGAUAACUCUCUGCCAACUUGCCAGUGUCCGCAUCUGCACUGCACUGCCUCACAGCGCCCGGCAACGAGCAAGUUAAGUGAGCAGCAAGUCAACUGCCGGAGCUCCAUAGAUGGAGUCGGAGAAGAAGCCGCCACACGCGGUGUGCUUGCCGUUCCCGGCACAGGGGCACAUCACGCCGAUGCUGAAGGUGGCCAAGCUGCUGCACGCCAGGGGCUUCCACAUCACCUUCGUCAACACCGAGUUCAACCACCGCCGCCUCCAGGGCUCGCUCGGCCCGGACGCCUUCCACGGCUGCCCGGGCUUCCGCUUCGCCGCCAUCCCCGACGGCCUCCCGCCGUCCGACCCGGACGCCACGCAGGACAUCCCGGCGCUCUGCUACUCCGCCAUGACCACCUGCCUCCCGCACGUCGCCGCCCUCAUCGCCAGCCUCAACGACGACGCCGCCGCCGCCUCCGGCGCGCCGCCGGUGACUUCCCUCGUCUGCGACGGCGUCAUGUCCUUCGCCUACGCCGCCGCCAAGCAGGCCGGCCUGCCAUGCGCCGCGCUCUGGACGGCCAGCGCCUGCGGCUUCAUGGCCUACAACUACUACAAGGACCUCGUGGACCAAGGGCUCGUGCCGUUCAAGGACGAGGCGCAGCUCACCGACGGGUUCCUGGACGGCACGGUUCCCCACGACCCUCCGGGCUUGUGCCAUGGCUUCCAGCUGCGCGACUUCCCGAGCUUCAUCCGCACGACGGACCGCGGCGACAUCAUGCUCAACUACCUCCUCCGCGAGACGGCCCGGCUGCUGUCGCUCCCGGACGCCGUCAUCGUCAACACCUUCGACGGCCUCGAGCGGCAGGUGCUCGACGAAAUGCGCGCCCAGGCCCUCCCUCCGGUCUACACCCUCGGCCCUCUGCUGCUCCACGAGCGCCGCGUCGUGCCCGAGGGAUCCCCGCUCGACGUCGCCGUCAGGUCCAACCUAUGGAAGGAGCAGGUCGGGCUGCUGGAGUGGCUCGACGGCCGCGCGCCCCGGUCCGUGGUGUACGUCAACUACGGGAGCAUCACGGUGAUGACGAACGAGCAGAUGCUGGAGUUCGCGUGGGGGCUGGCGAGCAGCGGCUACCCGUUCCUGUGGAACGUCCGCCCCGACCUGGUCAAGGGCGACGCGGCGGUGCUGCCGCCGGAGUUCCUGAGGGCGAUCGAGGGGCGGGGGAUCCUGACGACGUGGUGCCCGCAGGAGAAGGUGAUCGAGCACGAGGCCGUCGGGGUGUUCCUGACGCACUCCGGGUGGAACUCCACGGUGGAGAGCCUCUGCGCCGGGGUGCCGAUGCUCUGCUGGCCCUUCUUCGCGGAGCAGCAGACCAACUGCAGGUACGUGCGCACGGAGUGGGGCGUCGGGAUGGAGAUCGGAGGGGACGUCCGGCGGGCGGAGGUGGCGGGGAAGAUACGGGAGGCCAUGGAAGGGGAGCAGGGGAAGGAGAUGCGCCGCCGCGCGGCGGAGUGGAAAGACAUGGCCGCAAGGGCCGCUCUGCCGGGUGGGCCCGCAGAGGCCAAUCUCGACGCUCUGGUCCAGGUGUUGCUCGGCAAGACGACGACGGGUCAAGCGCCUCCUCGUCUGGGAAAUUAAGACUUCCCCGAUGGGAUUCUUUCUGCGGUCCGGCCAGAACUUCUGCGGAUCCUGUUUACCUGUUUGAAGUUCAAGCGAUAUGAUUUAGGUCCCGCAGGAAACUUCCUACCUCUGUAUCAGUUUGCACUUGUAUAAUUGUAUUCUACGACCAGCGCCAGUGGAAAUCAUUUUCCCUCCAAAGUAUUGUUUAGAUAAGCAUCAUAUUAAAAUACGAGAACACAUACCGGUGCAAUUCCAUUGUGAAUUGUAGUCUCAACUCUCAAA